AUGAAAGAAGAUCCGGAUUUAGUCGUCGUUUCCACUCGGCGUUCGAUUUAUGUGAGGACACAGUCGAAACUGGCUGCCACACCACCAGAUCUACAUAUUUACGAUACCUUCCAACAACCCUUCACCACGCCGAGCAUUACCAACACAACUGAUGUAGCUAUGAAGGACGCCCUCUUCAACACCGAGAAACAUCAUUCCAACCCUGUGUUUGACUUCUGGCUCUAUAUAUUCGAACACGGCACACUUCCCAUUGAGGUUCUUCGACAUCUCCCCUAUAUGAACAUGUCGUUGAUGGACCUUACGACACGAAACAACACAGCCAGGAAAUAUUGGCUCGAUAAAUGA